GCUCCGUGCCCCGCACCCCGGCAGCGGCAGGCGGGGACGGCGCAGCCUUCGGCGGGCGCGGAGGGGCCGCCCCUGCCCGCGCCGCGCUCCGCUCCGCUCCGCGCCCGCCUCCCCGCAACUCCCGCGGGCCGCGGCGGGGGGCAGCGCCCGCCCCGUCCCGGCCCGCCCCGGCCCGGCCCGCGCCCAGCGCAGCGGAGCGGCGCGGCGGCCCCGCCGUGCCCUGGAUGCCCCAGCGGCGCCGGCGGCAGCAGCAUGGAGCGGCGGCGGGGCGUCCCCGGGGGCUGGCCCUGCCUGCUGGCCGCCCUGGGUGCCCUGCUGGCGGCGGGCCGGGCGGCCGCCCCCCGCGCCCGCUUCUCGCCCUUCUUCUUCCUCUGCACCCACCACGGUGAGCUGGAGGGCGACGGCGAGCAGGGCGAGGUGCUCAUCGCCCUGCACAUCGCGGGCAGCCCCGCCGCCUACGUGCCCGGCCAGGAGUACCACGUGACUAUUUCAACAAGUACCUUCUUUGAUGGCUUACUGGUAACUGGGCUUUACACCUCUACCAGCGUUCAGGCUUCCCAGAGUGUUGGUGGUUCCAGUGCUUUUGGAUUUGGAAUAAUGUCUGACCACCAGUUUGGAAACCAGUUUAUGUGCAGCGUGGUUGCAUCACACGUGAGCCAUCUCCCGACUACAAACCUCAGUUUUGUUUGGAUUGCUCCACCUGCGGGGACAGGCUGCGUCAACUUCAUGGCUACAGCUACUCAUAGGGGCCAAGUUAUAUUCAAGGAUGCCUUAGCACAACAGUUGUGUGAACAGGGAGCCCCGACAGAAGCUCCCUUACAUCCUCACCUAGCUGAAAUUCACAGUGACAGCAUUAUCCUACGAGAUGACUUUGACUCUUACCAUCAGCAAGAACUGAAUCCUGCUAUGUGGUCUGAAUGCAGUAACUGCGAGGUUGGAGAGCAGUGCGGUGUGAUAAUGCACAGUAACGCUGUCACUUUCUGUGAGCCAUAUGGUCCUCGAGAACUGACCACCAUUGGCCUUAACACAACUACUGCAUCCGUCCUUCAAUUUUCCCUUGGAUCGGGUUCAUGUCGCUUUAGUUACUCAGAUCCCAGCAUCACCGUGUCCUACAGUAAGAACAGUUCUGCAGAUUGGACUCAGCUGGAGAAAAUUAGUGCCCCUUCCAAUGUCAGCACAAUCAUCCACAUCUUGUACCUUCCUGAAGAUGCUAAGGGGGAGAACAUCCAUUUUCAGUGGAAACAGGAUUAUGUUCAUGCUGGUGAUGUGUAUGAAGCCUGUUGGGCAUUGGACAACAUCCUGAUCAUUAAUGCUGCUCACAGAAAAGUUGUGUUAGAAGAUAAUCUUGAUCCUGUGGAUACUGGCAACUGGCUUUUCUUUCCUGGGGCCACAGUUAAGCAUAGCUGCCAGUCGGAUGGGAACUCCAUCUACUUCCACGGGACAGAAGGCAGUGAGUUCAAUUUUGCCACAACUCGGGACGUGGACCUCUCCACAGAGGAUGCCCAGGAGCAGUGGGCAGAAGAAUUUGAGAGCCAGCCUAAAGGGUGGGACAUAUUUGGAGCUGUCAUUGGUACCGAAUGUGGGACACUGGAAUCUGGCUCAGCUGUGGUAUUUCUCAGAGACGGAGAAAGAAAAAUAUGCACUCCUUACAUGGAUGCUACAGGUUAUGGGAACUUAAGAUUUUAUUUCAGUAUGGGGGGAACCUGUGAUUCUGGAGAAUCCCAUGGAAAUGAUGUCAUACUUUAUGCCAAGAUUGAAGGCAGGAGGGAACACAUACCUCUUGAUACCCUGACCUAUGCUGCUUACAAGGUUCCAUCUUUGGUUUCUGUUGUCAUUAGUCCGGAGCUGCAGACUCCUGCAACCAAAUUUUGCCUGAAGCAAAAGAGUCACCAAGGCCACAACAGGAAUACCUGGGCUGUGGAUUACUUCCAUGUCCUUCCAGUGCUCCCUUCCACGGUGACUCACAUGAUCCAGUUUUCCAUCAAUUUAGGUUGUGGAACUUACCAGCCUGGUAACAGUGUCAGCUUGGAGUUUUCAACCAACCAUGGUCGUUCCUGGUCCCUGCUUCACACCGAGUGUUUGCCUGAGAUAUGUGCUGGGUCUCACCUCCCCCACAGCACCGUCUAUGCCUCUGAAAAUUACAGCGGGUGGAACCGAAUAACUAUUCCCCUUCCUAAUGCUGCAUUAACAAGUGACACCAGGAUUCGAUGGAGGCAAACUGGACCAAUCCUUGGAAAUAUGUGGGCAAUUGAUAAUAUUUAUAUUGGUCCAUCUUGCCUCAAAUUCUGCUCAGGGCGAGGACAGUGUACGAGAAAUGGCUGCAAGUGCGACCCUGGCUUUUCAGGGCCGGCGUGUGAGAUGGCAUCGCAAACCUUUCCCGUCUUCGUCUCGGAGAGCUUCACCAGCUCCCGCCUUUCCUCCUACCACAGUUUUUACUCCAUCCGGGGGGCUGAGGUCAGCUUCGGCUGCGGUGUCCUGGCCAGCGGCAAGGCCCUGGUCUUCAACAAGGAUGGGAGGCGCCAGCUCAUCACCGCCUUCCUUGACAGCUCCCAGUCCAGGUUCCUGCAGUUCACACUGCGCCUGGGCAGCAAGUCAGUGCUGAGUACCUGCAAGGCACCCGACCAGCCCGGGGAAGGAGUGCUGCUGCACUACUCCUACGACAAUGGGAUUACUUGGAAACUACUGGAACACUAUUCUUACCUCAACUACCAUGAGCCAAGAAUAAUUUCAGUGGAGCUGCCUGAAGAUGCAAGACAGAUUGGCAUUCAGUUCAGAUGGUGGCAACCGUAUCACUCUUCUCAAGGUGAAGAUGUGUGGGCGAUCGAUGAAAUUAUCAUGACCUCUGUGCUUUUCAAUAGCAUCAGCCUGGACUUCACCAACCUAGUUGAAGUCACACAGUCUCUGGGAUUCUACCUGGGAAAUGUUCAGCCCUACUGUGGACAUGACUGGACUCUUUGUUUUACAGGAGAUUCAAAGUUAGCUUCUAGCAUGCGCUACGUGGAGACCCAGUCUAUGCAGAUCGGAGCUUCAUAUAUGAUACAGUUCAACUUGGUGAUGGGCUGCGGUCAGGCAUUUACUCCUCAUAUGGACAACCAGGUGAAACUGGACUACUCCACCAACCAUGGCCUCACGUGGCACCUUGUUCAGGAGGAAUGUCUUCCCAGUAUGCCGAGCUGUCAGGAGUUUACAUCAGCAAGUAUCUACCACUCCAGCGAAUUUACUCAGUGGAGGAGAAUCACCGUCCUUUUACCACAGAAGACUUGGUCCAGCGCCACACGUUUCCGCUGGAGUCAGUGCUACUACACAGCCCAAGAUGAAUGGGCCUUAGACAACAUCUACAUCGGACAGCAGUGCCCAAACAUGUGCAGCGGACAUGGCUGGUGUGACCACGGCGUUUGCAGGUGUGACUUGGGGUUUCGGGGUACUGAAUGUCAGCCUGAAAAUCCCCUUCCUUCGACUGUCAUGUCUGAUUUCGAGAACACAGACAGCCUGAAGACAGAGUGGCAGGAAAUUAUUGGGGGAGAGAUCGUCAAGCCUGAAGAAGGCUGUGGGGUCAUCUCCUCUGGCUCCUCACUGUACUUCAACAAGGCUGGAAAAAGACAGUUGGUAAGCUGGGAUUUGGAUACAACCUGGGUGGAUUUUGUCCAGUUUUACAUCCAGAUAGGAGGAGACAGUUCUUCAUGCAAUAAACCGGACAGCAGAGAAGAAGGUGUGCUGCUGCAGUACAGCAAUAACGGCGGUAUCAACUGGCAGCUACUAGCAGAAAUGUAUUUCUCUGACUUCAGCAAACCCAGGUUUGUCUAUCUUGAGCUGCCAGCUGCAGCCAAGACACCUUGCACCAGGUUUCGCUGGUGGCAGCCCGUGUUUUCAGGAGAAGGAUAUGAUCAGUGGGCCAUCGAUGACAUCAUCAUUCUGUCAGAGAAGCAGAAGCACAUCAUUCCCGUUGUUAAUCCCACUUUACCCCAGAACUUUUAUGAAAAGCCAGCAUUUGAUUACCCUAUGAACCAGCUGAGCGUAUGGUUAAUGUUGGCCAAUGAAGGGAUGACCAAAAAUGAAAGUUUCUGCUCUGCCACCCCCUCUGCCAUGCUCUUUGGUAAAUCAGAUGGAGACCGGUUUGCAGUGACUCGAGAUUUAACUCUGAAGCCUGGAUACGUUCUGCAGUUCAAGCUGAACAUUGGGUGCACCAACCAAUACAGCAGCUCUGCUCCUGUUCUGCUUCAGUACUCACAUGAUGCUGGGCUGUUCUGGUCACUGGUGAAGGAGGGCUGCUACCCUGCAUCUCCAGGCACAAAAGGAUGCGAGGGAAGCUCCCGGGAGCUGAGCGAGCCAACUGUGUAUCACACAGGAGACUUUGAGGACUGGACAAGAAUUACUAUUGUUAUCCCCAGGUCACUUGCAGCCAGUAAGACUCGAUUCCGCUGGAUCCAGGAGAGCAGCUCCCACAAGAGUGUGCCUCCUUUUGGCUUAGACGGCGUUUACAUUUCUGAGCCUUGCCCCAACUACUGCAAUGGUCACGGGGACUGUGUCUCAGGGGUCUGCUUCUGUGACCUGGGCUACACAGCAUCGCACGGAACCUGUGUGUCUAACGUGCCUAAUCACAGUGAGAUGUUCGACAGGUUUGAGAGGAAGCUAAGCCCUCUCUGGUACAAGAUAACAGGAGGUCAGGUUGGGACAGGCUGUGGAGUGCUCAGCGAUGGAAGAGCUCUGUACUUCAAUGGACCUGGCAAAAGGGAGGCAAGAACUGUUCCGCUGGACACCACAAAUAUCAGGCUAGUUCAAUUUUAUGUACAAAUUGGAAGCAAGGCUGUUGGUAAUUCCUGCAACAGACCAAGAGCCAGGAAUGAAGGUCUUGUUGUUCAAUACACAAAUGACAACGGGAUCACCUGGCAUUUGCUGCGAGAGCUGGACUUCAUGUCAUACCUGGAACCCCAGGUUGUUUCGAUAGACUUACCUCGGGAGGCCAAAACCCCCGCCACCGCUUUCCGCUGGUGGCAGCCACAGCACGGGAAGCAUUCAGCUCAGUGGGCUUUGGACGAUGUCCUAAUAGGUAUGAAUGACAGCUCUCAGACUGGUUUCCAGGAUAAAUUUGAUGGAACUGUGGAUUUACAAGCAAGCUGGUACAGAAUACAAGGAGGUCAAGUAGACAUCGACUGCCUGUCUAUGGAUACAGCUCUGAUGUUCAAUGAAAACAUUGGAAAACCUCGUUAUGCUGAGACUUGGGACUUCCAUGUAUCAGCCUCUUCUUUCUUGCAGUUUGAGCUGAGCAUGGGUUGCAGCAAGCCAUACAGCAAUUCCCAUAGCAUUCACUUGCAGUAUUCUUUAAACAAUGGGAGAGACUGGCACCUGGUGACAGAGGAGUGUGUCCCUCCAACCAUCGGCUGUCAGCACUACACUGAGAGCUCCAUCUACACUUCAGAAAGAUUCCAAAACUGGAAGAGAAUUACGGUCUAUCUCCCACCCCCAACCAACUCCCCCAGAACACGGUUCAGAUGGAUUCAGUACAACUAUGCUUCUGGUGUUGAUUCUUGGGCUAUUGAUAAUGUGGUCCUGGCUACAGGGUGCCCUUGGAUGUGCUCAGGCCAUGGCAUCUGUGAUGCAGGUCACUGUGUGUGUGACAGAGGCUUUGGUGGUCCGUACUGUGUCCCUGUCAUUCCUCUGCCGUCUGUACUGAAGGAUGAUUUCAAUGGUAACUUGCAUCCAGACCUUUGGCCUGAGGUCUAUGGUGCUGAGAGGGGAAACCUGAAUGGUGACACCAUCAAGUCUGGAACAGCUCUCAUUUUUAAAGGGGAAGGACUGAGAAUGCUUGUUUCGAGAGAUCUAGAUUGCACUAAUACUGUGUACAUCCAGUUUUCAUUUAAAUUCAUUGCAAAAGGCACGCCCGAGAGGUCUCAUUCCAUCCUGCUGCAAUAUUCUGUCAACAGUGGCAUCACUUGGCACCUGAUAGAUGAGUUUUACUUCACACAGACUACAGACGUCCUCUUUAUUAACGUUCCUCUGCCCUAUGCAGCCCAAAGCAAUGCAACACGGUUCAGGCUUUGGCAACCUUACAACAACGGCAAAAAAGAAGAAAUCUGGAUUAUUGAUGACUUAAUUAUAGAUGGAAAUAACUUAAAGAAUCCCAUGAUCCUUUUGGAUACAUUUGACUUCGGUCCCAAAGAGGACAACUGGUUUUUCUACCCUGGUGGAAACAUAGGGCUUUAUUGCCCAUAUUCAUCUAAAGGAGCUCCGGAAGAAGAUUCAGCUAUGGUAUUUGUUUCAAAUGAAGUUGGAGAGCACUCCAUUACAACAAGGGACCUGAGUGUAAAUGAAAACACUAUAAUCCAGUUUGAGAUCAAUAUCGGCUGCACCACUGAUAGUUCCUCUGCUGACCCAGUAAAGCUGGAGUUCUCACGAGAUCUGGGGGCAACCUGGCACCUGCUGCUCCCCUUGUGCUACAGCAGCAGCAGCCACCUCAGCUCCCUCUGCUCCACCGAGCAUCACCCAAGCAGCACUUACUACGCAGGCACCACCCAGGGCUGGAGAAGGGAGGUCAUUCACUUUGGAAAACUGCACCUCUGUGGGUUGGCAAGGUUUAGAUGGUACCAAGGAUUUUACCCUGCUGGAUCCCAGCCAGUGACUUGGGCCAUUGACAAUGUGUACAUUGGCCCACAGUGCGAGGAGAUGUGCAACGGGCACGGCAGCUGUAUCAAUGGCACAAAGUGCAUCUGUGACCCUGGGUACUCUGGGCCAACCUGCAAAAUAAGUACCAAGAACUCUGACUUCCUUAAGGAUGAUUUUGAAGGUCAGCUGGAGUCAGACAGAUUCCUGCUUGUGAGUGGUGGAAAGCCAUCAAGGAAAUGUGGCAUCAUGUCUGGAGGAAACAACCUUUUCUUUAAUGAAGAAGGCUUACGUAUGUUGAUGACUCGAGACCUAGAUUUGUCACAAGCCAGAUUUGUGCAGUUCUUCAUGAGACUGGGAUGCGGCAAGGGGGUGCCAGACCCCAGGAGCCAGCCUGUGCUGCUGCAGUACUCGCUCAAUGGGGGCCUCACAUGGAACCUUCUCCAGGAGUUCCUCUUCAGUAACUCCAGCAAUGUGGGACGAUACAUUGCCCUGGAAAUUCCCUUGAAGGCUCGCUCCAGCUCCACUCAGCUUCGCUGGUGGCAACCAUCCGAGAAUGGACAUUUCUACAGUCCCUGGGUAAUCGACCAGAUUCUUAUUGGAGGAAACAUCUCUGGCAAUACAGUAUUAGAAGAUGAUUUCACCACACUGGAUAGCAGAAAGUGGCUGCUCCAUCCUGGUGGAACAAAGAUGCCAGUCUGUGGCUCUACUGGGGAUGCUCUAGUGUUCAUUGAGAAAGCCAGCACCCGCUACGUUGUCACCACUGACAUCGUUGUCAAUGAAGACUCUUUCUUGCAAAUAGAUUUUGCGGCAUCCUGCUCUGUCACAGACUCCUGUUAUGCUAUUGAACUGGAAUAUUCAGUGGACCUUGGUCUGACCUGGCACCCCAUUUUGAGAGACUGUCUUCCCACUAACGUGGAAUGCAACAAGUACCAUCUCCAGAGGAUUCUCAUUUCGGACACUUUCAACAAGUGGACCCGGGUUACUCUGCCUCUGCCUCCGUAUACUAGGUCUCAAGCCACUCGUUUCCGCUGGCACCAGCCUGCUCCUUUCGAUAAGCAGCAAACAUGGGCAAUCGAUAACGUCUACAUUGGGGAUGGCUGCAUAGACAUGUGCAGCGGCCAUGGGAAGUGCACACAAGACAACUGUGUCUGCGAUGAGCACUGGGGUGGGCUGUACUGUGACGAGCCAGAGACCCCCCUUCCGACACAACUGAAAGAUAACUUCAACCGCUCGCCAUCUAACCAGAACUGGCUGACAGUGAAUGGGGGCAAACUGAGCACGGUCUGCGGCGCCGUAGCCUCUGGGAUGGCUCUUCACUUCAGCGGGGGCUGCAGCCGUAUGUUAGUUACAGUGGAUUUGAACCUCACCAGUGCAGAAUUCAUCCAGUUUUAUUUCAUGUAUGGAUGUCUGAUAACUCCUAAUAACCGCAACCAAGGAGUGCUGCUGGAGUAUUCUGUGAAUGGUGGAAUCACCUGGAGCCUCUUAAUGGAAAUUUUCUAUGAUCAAUUCAGCAAGCCUGGCUUUGUGAACAUCCUCCUUCCCUAUGAUGCCAAAACCAUUGGGACACGCUUCCGCUGGUGGCAGCCUAAACACGAUGGCCUGGACCAGAACGACUGGGCUAUUGACAAUGUGUUGAUCUCCGGCUCAGCUGACCAGAGGACGGUGAUGCUUGACACCUUCAGCAGUGCUCCCCUGCCACAGCAUGAGCGCUCCCCUGCCGAUGCAGGGCCCACUGGGAGGAUCGCCUUCGACAUCUUCAUGGAAGACAAAACCACAGUGAAUGAACACUGGUUAUUCCAUGAUGAUUGCUCAAUUGAGAGAUUUUGCGAUUCUCCUGAUGGUGUCAUGAUCUGUGGGAGCCACGAUGGCAGAGAGGUCUAUGCAGUCACCCAUGACCUGACACCUACAGAAGGCUGGAUUAUGCAGUUCAAGGUUUCUGUUGGAUGUAAAACCUCAGAAAAACUUGCACAAAAUCAGGUCCAUGUGCAGUAUUCCACUGACUUUGGUGUUAGCUGGAGUUACUUGGUACCUCAGUGUUUACCAGCUGACCCAAAAUGUUCUGGGAGCGUUUCACAGCCAUCUGUCUUCUUUCCCACAAAAGGAUGGAAAAGAGUAACGUACGCACUGCCUGAAAACCUUGUCGGGAAUCCUGUGAGGUUUCGGUUCUACCAGAAAUACUCAGAUAUGCAGUGGGCCAUCGAUAAUUUCUAUCUGGGCCCUGGUUGUCUGGAAAACUGCAGAGGUCAUGGGGACUGCCUGAAUGAGCAAUGCAUCUGCGACCCUGGGUAUUCAGGUCCAAACUGCUAUCUGACCCAAACAUUGAAGACUUUCCUGAAAGAGCGCUUUGACAAUGAAGAAAUCAAGCCAGAUUUAUGGAUGUCCUUAGAGGGAGGAAAUACCUGUACCGAGUGUGGGAUUCUCGCAGAAGACACAACCCUGUAUUUUGGAGGUGCAACUGUGAGGCAGGCUGUCACUCAAGAUCUGGACCUGCGGGGGGCAAAGUUUCUACAGUACUGGGGGAGAAUUGGGAGUGAAAACAACAUGACAACAUGUCACAGACCAACUUGCAGAAAGGAGGGAGUGCUGCUAGACUAUUCCAUUGAUGGAGGGAUAUCCUGGACUUUGCUUCACGAGAUGGAUUACCAAAAAUACAUCUCAGUCAGGCAUGACUACAUCCUCCUCCCUGAACAUGCCUUGACCAAUACAACUCGCUUGCGCUGGUGGCAGCCUUUUACCAUCAGCAAUGGGAUCGUGGUUUCAGGCCCUGACCGGGCACAGUGGGCGCUGGAUAACAUCCUGAUCGGAGGAGCAGAGAUCAACCCUAGCCAGCUGGUAGAUACAUUUGAUGACGAAGGCAGCUCGCAUGAAGAAAACUGGAGUUUUUACCCUAACGCAGUCAGGACUGCAGGGUUCUGUGGAAACCCAUCAUUUCAUCUCUACUGGCCAAAUAAGAAAAAGGACAAAACGCACAACAUCCUGUCCUCCAGGGAGCUCAUUAUACAGCCAGGAUACAUGAUGCAGUUUAAAAUCGUGGUUGGCUGUGAGGCAACUUCUUGUGGGGACCUCCACUCUGUGAUGCUGGAGUAUACGAAGGAUGCCAGGACAGACUCAUGGCAGCUUGUCCAGACACACUGUCUUCCUUCCUCAUCUAACAGCAUUGGCUGCUCCCCAUUUCAAUUCCAUGAAGCUACCAUCUAUAACUCUGUCAACAGCUCCGUGUGGAGAAGAAUAACGAUCCAGCUGCCUGAUCAUGUCUCAUCCAGUGCAACACAGUUCAGGUGGAUUCAGAAGGGAGAAGAACUAGAGAAACAAAGCUGGGCAAUUGACCAUGUGUACAUUGGAGAAGCGUGCCCUAAGCUCUGCAGUGGCCACGGAUAUUGCACAACUGGAGCCAUUUGCAUUUGUGAUGAAGGAUACCAAGGUGACGACUGCUCUGUUUUUAGCCAUGAUCUCCCCAGUUACAUUAAAGAUAAUUUUGAAUCUGAAAGAGUCACUGAAAUAAACUGGGAAACCAUUCAGGGGGGAGUGAUAGGGAAUGGAUGUGGACAGCUGGCACCCUAUGCCCACGGAGAUUCGCUCUAUUUUAAUGGAUGUCAAAUACGACAAGCUGUGACGAAGCCUCUGGAUCUCACCCGAGCAAGCAAAAUCAUGUUUGUUUUGCAAAUUGGAAGUAUUUCACAAACAGACAGUUGCAAUACCAAUCUGAGUGAUCCUAACACUGUAGACAAGGCAGUGCUCCUCCAGUACAGUGUAAAUAAUGGAAUUACAUGGCAAGUAAUUGCACAGCAUCAGCCAAAGGACUUUAUACAAGCCCAAAGAGUGUCUUAUAAUGUUCCCCUGGAGGCACGCAUGAAAGGAGUCUUACUGCGCUGGUGGCAGCCCCGUCACAAUGGAACAGGUCAUGAUCAGUGGGCUUUGGACCACGUAGAAGUCGUCCUAGAUGAAAAGUCCUAUAUUGCCUCUAAACCUCAUCAGGGUUUUAUGACUAAUCACAGUGCUGCAUGCAUUGAAAGGCAUUUUCUAACUUGUGUUGUAUUUCAUUGUUUGCUGUCAUUGGUUUUACACUAGAAUAAGGUAAGUACCUUCCCUGAAUCAGUAUCGAAUGUACGUUUCCGUUAUAGCUACAGCUCUUUCACAAAGUUUUGUCAGUGAUGGGUUGGUGGAAAAUCAUUUGUACUCUGAGAUGUGCCACAUAGCUCUUGAGGGUCCUGAUCAUCCAGCUCUUCCCCAGGGAGCAUUGGGGGAAGUUAAACCUAGCAGAAAGUGUUCAGCAGCUCACCCUGUACACGGCAGGAAUUUCAGAGGCUGCGGUGAGAAGCCUCACUGCAGUGCAAUGAGACCCACCAACAGCAGUCACCCAGUGUGUUGCAUGGGCAACCUCUCAGCUCCAAGGGGGAAUUCCCACUUUUCUCCAUAAUUAAUGACCACAGAACUGAAGCUACAGCCAGGUAGUGUGCGUCAGUGAAUCUGCAUGGUGGCAUAGCCACGCAUGCCCUUAGACACACAGCAGGUGCCUCCUAGGUUGUGCUUUUGUUUUGUGUCUCUCUGCUGCUUGUUUCUUCUACCAGCUGUGUCACUGCAGUUAAUAGAUACCACAAACCAACAUGGUUACUUAGCUCUGGGUUCAAAUCUUUACCUCACUGGAGCCAAAAAACAUUUGUCAUUGAUAUGAGCCAUCGGGACUUCAGUCUAAGCACAUCACUUUUCUCAUGAUAGUACAAAGCAUUUGUAAUUCAGCCUCAAAAUUUACCCCAAGCCUAGUCCUGAGAGGCAUGUGUUUGCUGUUUUUGGAGGUUUUGUUUAUGUUUCAUUUUGUUAUCCAAAUUUUUUUGUUUCUAUUUGGUUCCUAUUGUGCCCUGUCAACUAAAAAUAAAACCACAGAAAUAAUGAAUGAUGUUAGUAUAUACUGGCUUUUUCACCACAUAUUUUUCAUUCCAUUUGACAAUGUUCUAUUUUCAAAAAUUUUAAAUUGCAGACUUGUAGUUCAAUCUGUGCUUUAGGAAACAUGCAAUAGCCAGAAUGCUCUAUUAGUGACUAAAGACCCAUCGUGACUUCUCGCAAAUUGCUUUACUGUAGGUAGUUAUUGAAUAUGCCCUAGACAGAAUUUUGUUCUAUGUUGGCUGCAUAUUGUUUUCAUCUAACCAGUAUAAUUCCAGUGAUUUCACUGGAAUGUUAUUUAGGGUUUCCUACAUACAUUGGAGCAGUAUUAUCUUCUAUUUAUUUUUUAAUAAUGCACUCAAAACUGUCAAACAGAUUAUGCAGUAGUUGCUCCUAUUAAUUGCUCUUCCGCUGUUUGCUCCAUCAGCAAUACACAGAUAACUGUUUUGGAUCUGUACUUCUCCAAUUCCCUGGUGGUUCGGUGAAUGCACAGAAAAGGCAGAAGGCUCAGCAGAUGCUGACCUGUCUGUUACACACUCGCAAAGCAGCCUUCAGGUUGCCACUGGUAUUCAACAAAAAGCUCCCUCCACACCCUCCAUUAUGGCAGGUGGGAUCUAUUCCUAAUACAGCUUUAUGCUGCCUGGCACAUACUGGGUGCUCCGAACAAGAAAACAACAGGAAAAGUAUGGUAAAGCCUUUUAUCAGUCUGUGAAAAUACGAAUUACAUUUGUUAUUAAUAGUACUGAAAACAUUCUUAAAUCCACCAAAUGCAAGAAAUGCGUAAGUACUCCUGCAAUCUAUAUUAUAUAAUUCUUACCAUGAUCUUAUAAAGCACUAUCAAUCUCUCUUAUACAGUGCUUGCCUCCUACCAAUAUAUAAAAUGAAUUCAGAAAAAUAAAUAUAGACCUACUCUCAUUUUGUGGAUACCAGACUAUACACACUAUACAACAUAACAUGAUACUAGAAUACAUAGGGUAUAUAUAUUUACCUAUAGCAAGAGUGAAAAUCAUGCCAUUUUCUAUAGCAGGCAUGAAGUCUUUAUGUGGCAUCCAACCAGUAGUUGGAAAACCUGUCUCAGAUCUUAGUGAGGACAAGUCUGAGCCAUGUCAGUGUAAGGAAAAAAAGUAUUUCGUUCUUGAGAAUUUAGAUUUCUUUUAUUUUUCACACACUGCACUGCUCUGGUGUUCAGUGUAAGACAUAAAUGUCUGCUUCUUUGUAACUUCUUGAUCAUCUUAUAACAAGACAGAACGAUACACAUAAAAGAUAAGUAAAUAUCUUUUAAGUUAUUAUGUAACCCUUUCUUUGCUCCUUUUUUCAAUUCUUUCUUUUCCUUUCUUGUUGCUUUUUUUUGUUUUGUUUUUUGUUUGUUCAUUGUUUUAAACACCUUCAUCACAACUUUAAGGCCAGAUACAAAAUGGUAUCAUUUGAAGUGAAAUAGAGACUAGGUGCACCUAGCAGUGUCCAGAAUGAGUCCUGAAAAUCUCUGCUGAGCUGAUGCUGAAUGUGAGCAGACCAAAGGCAGGAGGGAGAUGGGGGAACGCAAAGGCCCCUGGGCCAAGGACUAUAUGUUCCCUGGCUGUCCAAGUCUUGCCCAAGCUGAGGCUCUCGCAGCCAAGCUUAAUCCUAAAUUUAACCAGGUCCAGAAAUGGCAAUUUUGUCAGCAAAACACAUUGACAGGCUCUGUUUGGUCCCAUGUACCUAAAGUAAGGCCACUCAUAGUUGGGCUGUGCUUUCUCCCAGGCUCCUGUAUUUUGGCUGCAGAGCAGCCUUCUCCCAACAGAUAGGUGCUCCAUCCUCACUUCACGGUUCUAAUGCUCUCCUCAGAGGUGAGAUGUCACCUUGAGGGCCCAGUGUCUAAGGAACCACCCACUUCCCAGGCAAUGGGAAUGAAAGGGAAGGCAAGAUUAAGACCUCCUCCAAGCCACUUUCCAGAGUGGGUUCAGGGUUAUGAUUUCCCUCCUGCCUUCCUCAGUGAGGCAUUUGGCAUUGCAGUGAGGGUAAUGUUCUGCUGAGAUGACUACAGGAUCAGAAUAAAGACUGAUCUUCAAGGCUUCUUCGCACUUGAGCUACCAAGUGGCAUUAAAACUAUACAAAGUCACUGCAGUCACUCUCUUACACAAAACUCUUGCAAUUCAGCACAGACCUUUCCAUUUCAGAUGAAGAAGUCAGGUGAAAGUCAGGACUAGUCAACCUCAAACAUUAACCCCUCUCUUAACUGCCAGUUGCUCUAGAGCUCUGCCUUACUGUGAGGGUGCCAAAAGUUGUGCCGAGUGUAGAUCUGUUUGCUUUCAUUGUCACCAGGAGCUGGACUGAAUUUCAUUCUUGUAUGUACAUUCUAGUGGGGAAAAAAAUAUAACAAUUUGCAAAGCCUUGGAAAACUAGUUCAUAAGUGACUUGGACUUGCUUAGGGGUUUAUAACCUAGAUUUUGACACAACUGCUUUUAUUCAGUUUAGUCAAUCGUGUUCUAGAUUAGCUGUUGAAAAGGGUGUAAUUUUAUUAUACAGCGCUUUUUUUGAUGAAAUUAGCAUACUACAGCAAAAGCUGUCUUUGCCUCUGAAGGAUGAUAAGUAUUUUGUAAAGUAGGUAAUUAUUCCUUUUUCCUAAGGGCCAUAUUCACUAAAGUAAGCUUAUGCACUACAGAGGAGCGUAUGUCUGAUUACAGUAUAAGUAUUUACUUCUUACAAAGAAAGCUCGCAAGUGAAAACCUGCCUUGCACCCACAAAUGGGAGACUUGUUGACUGUAAUGUCUACUGCAGGCCUUUACUUCACAGAUCACCUUUAAAAUCUGAUGGGCUUCUUGGUUUGAAGGGUCCUAGUAACACCCAGUCCCUUGCAGCAGAGAUGCUUAGGCCAGGCAUCCUUCUCCCACUGCAAGACAAAGCUAGAAAGCACAAGGUCCUAAGCAGGCAGGGAGGAUUAGGAGGGGGAGUCAGAAGUUAUCCUGAGACUGCACAGAUUCACUACACCUUCGUAGCUCCUUUCCUCUGGAAACCGAAAGAAAACUGGGCCAUGCAGUCAUCAGCAGUUCUCCCUGGUGAAGCUCCUUCCACCUGUUGGAGUUGUCCUUGGGGCCUGCAUGGUUAACACAGUGCUCCAAUCUCUUAAGGAAACUGCCUCCUCUGACUGCAUCUAUGGGAGCAUCUUGCAUGCCAUUUUUCCAUGUGGAGAAAGGGGGUCAGGUAGCUCUAAAACCUAGAGUCUGGCAGCAGUAUGUGACACUUUUAGUUUUUUAAAGUAGUCCUCUGAUCGAAAGGUCUUUCCCAUACCCUGGCACUCUACAGUGCAGAGCUCAAGUCACAGUCUCUCUUACAGCAAUGUCUCACCUGCUUUGUAUGUCAAGUGCAUUGCAAGUGGUAGGUCUGAGAGGAGACGUCCUUUAUCAGAACUUAAGAAUACACAAACCUUUUCAUUCUCAUGUAAUUCUGAAUGCAGUUUGGCUGUAGAUCUAUGUAGGCCCGUAUUUGUGUGCAUGCGCUGGGGGUUUGGGCAUGUAUGUAAACACACCAAGAAAAGGCACAGCCAGACGAAACUCUGUGGCUGUUCUGCCGUCCCCUGCCACAGCACAGGCAGUAGGGUCUGUGGUGCUGUAUGUGCAGUUCUGUCCAAGGUGUAGGCAAGCCUGUAUAGGCCAUAAGUAGGCUCAUAUGGAUGCACCAUAGAUUUUAAGGGCUCCAUUUACAAAGCUGCUAAAAUUUGGAAACUGAAGCUGGGUUCCAGCCCUUAGGAGUCAGAUGGGUUUCAGGUGCCAGAGUCCCAGACAGCUGUCUUGUCUACUGCUGCCUUCUCAUGGUUCUUUCUGCCCUCAGUGGAAGAGGUAGAAACCUACAUUAAGUUGGGGUGGGUCUUGUCCUCAAGGUACCUCUUCCAAACAAGUGAAGUGCCGCUUCUUCAAGUACGCUGCAGUCAGGCUGCCUCUUGCCUGGUCUCCUGCCAGAUGUGAUGAUGCUUAUUUCUCAGAUCUUCCUUUAAUUUUGGAUGGAGGUGUACAGGGGAGGGAAAAUUUAAGUCUGGAUAGAAGUGUUGUGCUCUACUUCCUUUAUGGUAAAAGUGGAAGAUAAUGAAGUUGAGUAAAGCUUUUCUUCUGUUCUCAAGAUAAAGCAGUUAAUUGUAAAAGACAGAAGGACAUCUGGAGUAUAAAACGACUGUAAAGAGAUGCCCUGUAUUGAAAGGAUAUGAAGUGCAUACAGCUUUAGUGAAUCUGGCCCUAGGCAGCACAAGUUUUCAUUAGCUGAAAGCUCUUAACAUUUCCCUAAGAUAAUGAGUUAAAAAUAAAAGCGAAGUGGGACAGAUUCUCAAUUGCCUUGUACCUUGCUGUUGUACAAAGGGCGCACUUCACACCACUUUACACAGGCUUGAAAGGUCAUGCAAGGACAAAGAAGAAUCUGUCCCACUAGCUCACUGCUUCGAAAGAAUUUAAAGUACAUAUAAAAGAAACUGACACUCUUCUCUUCCUCCGUCCUUUGAUUU